AUGGAAGGAGAUGGUUAUUGUGGGAGUUUUUUUCAGAGGUGCAAGCCUUACAUAGCUAUGAUUUCUCUGCAAUUCGGGUUUGCUGGUAUGAACAUAAUCACCAAGGUUUCCCUCAACCGUGGGAUGAGCCACUAUGUGCUUGUGGUUUAUAGACAUGCCUUUGCUACUGCAGCUAUUGCUCCUUUUGCUCUUGUUCUUGAGAGGAAAGUGAGACCCAAGAUUACAUUUUUUAUGUUCAUGCAAAUAUUCGUGUUGGGUCUACUUGGGCCUGUGAUUGAUCAGAACUUAUACUAUGCGGGGUUGAAGUUUACUUCCCCUACCUACUCAUGUGCAAUAAGCAACAUUCUCCCUGCUAUGACAUUUGUGAUGGCUGCUAUUUUCAGGAUGGAGAAGGUGGACAUGAGAAAAUUAAGAUGCCAAGCCAAGGUGAUAGGAACUAUAGUAACAGUUGCUGGGGCCAUGUUGAUGACAUUGUACAAAGGGCAAGUCAUCAGUUUCUUGGGUUCUCAGUACAUGCAUCACCCCAGAAAUUAUGUGCCUGAAAACACCACUGAUUCUGGUGAAAAGGAUUGGUUCAAGGGCUCUAUUCUUCUCAUAAUUGCCACCCUUGCUUGGGCUUCUUUCUUCAUCCUUCAGGCAGUGACACUAAGGAAAUACCCUGCUCAGCUCUCUCUCACAGCCCUUGUGUGUGCCUUAGGUACACUGCAGUCAAUUGCAGUUACCUUUGUCAUGGAGCACAAGGCCUCUGUUUGGCCCAUUGGCUGGGAUAUGAACCUGCUUGCAGCAGCCUAUGCUGGAAUAAUAUCAUCAGGAAUCACCUACUAUGUUCAAGGUAUAGUCAUGCAAAAGAAAGGGCCUGUUUUCGUAACUGCUUUCAGCCCUUUGAUGAUGAUUAUAGUAGCCAUCAUGGGUGCUUUCAUUCUUGCAGAAAAAAUAUAUCUUGGAGGGGUCGCUGGAGCUAUUCUCAUAGUUAUGGGACUUUACUCGGUUCUGUGGGGAAAAUACAAGGAGAACGAAGAGAAAGAAGCAGAAAUGACCAUCGAGGUGGUGAAGUGUUGUUUAGAAAAUGGGAGGUUGGAGACUGUGAUGGAAGAUGCUGAAACAAACAACGACAUUGAGAUGCAAAAGGGUGGUGAAGAAGCCUCCAGAGAAUUAAGGGUAGCCAUUACUGUUCCUAGAGUUUAA